AUGCCUGAACAGCACCUUUCUGCCAACAGUGCCACCCUCGAUGGCAGCCCUAGAGCCUGGGAUUGGACCCUGCACUUGCUGCAGGAGUCUCUGUCCUGGUUCCAAUCAGCACAGGAACAUCCAGAGGAGACGGCGGUGUUCCUCAAGGCGACGACGGGAGCAGAAGGCGGACAGGAGCAGGGCUCACAGAGAGAGGACCAGCACCUGGCGGAGACAGCGGCGUUCCUGGACAGGGACUCAGCGCUGACAGCCGCCAUGUGCGACAGGGAGCAGGAGGCAUGCCUGCUGUGUCGCCAUGCAGAGGCUGACCCGGACACCUGCGGCGAAAAACGGGAGAAAUACGGGCUCUAUGCCCACGUGUUCUGCCUGUAUUUUGCCACACUGCUUUUUCAGCAAGCCAAGAAACGUGUUGGACUCCUGGGUUUUCUGCCUCAAGAUAUCCAACUUGCAGUCAGGCGGGCGGCACAGAAGCACUGCUGCGUCUGUGGCCAGAGCGGGGCCACCAUCAUGUGCUGCAGGGAAGGCUGCGACAGAUGGUUCCACCUGCCCUGUGCCAAGGAGGGCUGCUGUGUUACACAGUACAUUGUUCCAUUCAGGUCCUUCUGCCCUGAGCACCGUCCAGAGCAGGACGUGCAGGUGACUCCAGAGCCGGGCACCGAAUGCCCCAUCUGCAUGGAGCCAGUGGAGGAUAGAAAGACCUUCAACACCAUAGUGUGCCCGGCAUGCAAAAGAGCCUGGUUCCACAGGGACUGCCUCCAGGUGGGAGCCAUCCCUCAGGCCUGGGACACAGCAGGUGCUCAGCAGCACCAGGGCUGGCUCACACUGCUUCUCUUUGCCCUGCAGGGACAGGCCAUGUGUGCUGGUCUUUUGUACUUCUGCUGCCCCCUCUGCAGAGACCGUGAGACAUUUCUUGUCGAAACCUUCUUUCUGGGGAUCCGAACUCCCACCAGACUGCCAACAUGGGAGGACAACAACGCCUUCGCGGACCUGAGAGAGAGGCACAGCAGGUGCAAUGCCAGGGAAUGCCUUUACCCAGGAGGCAGGGAGGAGGCAGAGGAAGAGGGGCCCUGGGAGCUGCUCCUGUGCUCCUCCUGUGCUGCUGAGGGCACCCACAGGCGCUGCUCUGGCCUGACAGUGAGGAGAACCCACUGGGAGUGUGACAGCUGUGCUGGUCUUGGCACGGGUAUGAGACAAAGCAGCCCCCAGGGAUGA